AUGAGGAUCAUUAAUCAUUUCCCGAACCAUUACGAACUGACGCGGAAAGAUCUGAUGGUCAAAAAUCUGAAGCGCUACCGCAGGGACCUGGAACGGGAUGGCAACCCUUUGGCUGAGAAGGGCCCAAAUGGAAGGUAUCUUUAUUUGGAUUCGAUCCCGACGACUUUCAUGCUUCCGUCGGAUUACAACAUGUUCGUCGAAGAAUUCCGGAAAAAUCCGUCCAGCACUUGGAUCAUGAAGCCUGGCGGAAAAUCUCAAGGAGUCGGAAUCUUUCUCAUCAACAAACUUUCGCAAUUGAAAAAGUGGUCGCGUGACUCCAAAACACAUACCUUCAAUCCUGCCUCAGUCAAAGAGACUUACGUGAUUUCGAGGUACAUUGAUGACCCGCUGCUGAUCGGAGGGAAAAAGUUCGACCUCCGAAUAUUCGUGCUCGUCACGUCCUACCGACCACUGAAAGCAUACAUGUACAAACACGGUUUCUGUCGCUUCUGCACUCUCAAAUACGACACGAGUGUCGAAGAGCUCGACAAUAUGUUCGUGCAUCUUACAAACGUUGCCAUACAGAAGCAGGGGGAGGAAUACAACGGAAUCCACGGAGGAAAAUGGAGUGUUCAAAAUCUGAGACUGUAUCUCGAGGGUUGCAGAGGGAAGUACGUGACAAAUAAGCUCUUUGAUGACAUGACCUGGCUGGUCGUUCACUCGUUGAAGGCAGUGGCACCCAUCAUUGUCAACGACAGACAUUGUUACGAGUGCUACGGCUACGACAUUAUUAUUGACAAAAACCUGAAACCUUGGCUCAUUGAAGUCAACGCGUCCCCGUCGCUGACCUCGACUACUGCCAACGACAGGAUCCUCAAAUACAAGCUCAUCGAUCACGUCAUCGACAUUGUGCUCGCCCCCGGUGGGAUCCCUGAGUAA